AUGCAGCUGCUGGAUCUGGAUCCGACGGCCUGGAGCCGUCGUGUCCACGACUUGCGCGUGGCGCUCACCGGCGCAGAAGGAAAGGGGCGGCCAGGGGCUUACCGGCAGCUGGCGGUGGCGUGGCUCGGCAUAGGUGGGCUGGUGGCGUGGUCGUGCAGUGCGUGGACGUCCUGGUGGCGCUCCGACACGGCGUCGUCUCCUUGCGUGGCGACGUUUGCGCCACGGGCGUCGUCGGUGCUUCGUCGUCGCCUUGCUGCGGAUCUGCGCGCCAGAGAGAGGGAUUACCACAAUAUGACGAAGGAACCAAGUGAGCGACACUUCCUGUUUGCUCUCGCGAUCUUCAGUGCUCAGCACCAAGAAGUUGAUCAAACCCAGCAAUUAUUAAGGCAUAUAGCAUUUUCCGGUGGGUAUGGGACGAUGACUCUGACACAAGGUGUCAUGCAAGGUGCAAGUGAAAAUUCUGGAAUAUCUUACGUACCAUACACCAUGGGUCCUUCAGAUGGUGCAAGCUUGGUUCCACAUAGUACUAACAUGGGCACCUCCCAGUCAGGUACGUAUGCUCACAAUGAGCAUGUGAACACAGAGUUAUCUUUGGGGAUGAACCCUACACAUCACAGCUCGAGAGUGUCCAACAACAAUCAUGUAAUAAGAAUGGUAGACAGAUCUGAAACCAACAGAAUUUUGUCCAUGGUGUCGCCGCCACCCCCUGUAACUUUGGAGGAGGUCCCAAACGAACCGAAGUUCAUUUGCCCAGUCUGCUUACACGAAAUGGUGGACGCGUCAUCGACUAUCUGUGGCCACAUCUUCUGCAAGGAGUGCAUUAGGGCCUCCAUCAAGGCUCAGAAGAACUGCCCUACCUGCAGGACGAAGCUGAACCUGAGAAACAUCCACCGGGUCCACCUUCCGACGAUGGACUGA